AUGGAAGCAAUUUCAGUGAAAUGUGUGUGUAUACUAUUGAUCACAAUCAUUUAUGGUGUGAGCAGUGCGUACGGGGACAAGGGACCGUGCCCCAAUUCGUCUCCGGAGAAUGAGGCCCUGAAGCUGGCUCCGUGCUCAGACGCUGCCCAGAACCCCAACGCCACAGUCCCGCCACAAUGCUGCAACGCCGUGAAGAAGAUGCUUCAAAACCAGGCGUGCAUGUGCGCAAUCAUUCAGACGGCACAGAAGUAUGGCUUCGAUGUUCAGACUGCCUUGACUAUUCCCAAACGCUGUAACAUUUCUGAAAAAGAGCGCCACGCGGGCGGUAACUGUGCUGGUUACACAGUACCUUGA